CCCCCACUGCUGACACCCUCCGCUGAAGCCCAGAUGGUGCAGUCACUGGGCUUUGCCAUCUACCGGGCGCUGGACUGGGGGCUGGAUGAGAACGAGGAGCGGGAGCUGAGCCCACGCCUGGAGCAGCUCAUCGACCUGAUGACCAACAGCGACUCGGAGGACAGCGGCUGCGGCACGGCCGACGAGGGCUACGGGGGGCAGGAGGAGGAGGAGGAGGGGGGCGAGGGGCCGCUGCGCGCCGUCCGCACCUUCGGGCAGGCCAUGCGCUGCUGUGCCGCCCGCCUGGCCGACCCGGCCGAGGCCCAGGCCCAUUACCAGGCCGUCUGCCGGGCGCUCUUUGCCGAGACUGUGGAGCUCAAAGCCUUCCUCGCCAAGAUCCGGGAUGCCAAGGAGAUGCUGCAGAAGCUGAAGGAGGACGAGGCAGAGGAACGGCCAGCAGCAGAGCUGGGCAACCUGCGCAACACUGACUGGGCCCGGCUGUGGGUGCAGCUGAUGCGGGAGCUGCGGCACGGUGUGAAGCUGAAGAAGGUGCAGGAGAAGCAGUUUGACCCCCUGCCCACCGAGUACCAGCUCACCCCCUUCGAGAUGCUGAUGCAGGACAUCCGUGCCCGCAACUACAAACUGCGCAAGGUCAUGGAAUUCAGCCACCCCGUGGAGAGCCUGGCCCUCACUGUGGAGGAGAUGAUGAACGUGCGGAGGGUGCUGGUCAAGGCAGAGAUGGAGAAGUUUCUGCAGAGCAAGGAGCUGUACAGCAGCCUGCCGAGGGGAAAAAUGCCGUGGGGCGGGGGGGUGUGGGGGGGUGCCAGUGGUGGCUCCGCUCACUGGCCUCUCUGUGUCCCCAGGUCUGUCUGCAGCUCCUGCAGCCUGAAGAUGAAGAUGCCUUCCAAGAAGUUGGCUCACAUCCCUGUCUAUGCCCUGGGCUUCGAGAGCCUCCCAGGCUCCCUGCUGGCCAAAGCCCUUCCACUGCGGCGGAGAGAGACAUUCCACUCACUUUCCGGCACGUGCUGGCGGAGAGGGCAGAGCACAGCCCGGUGCCAGCUCUCUCUGCAGCCUGUCCCUCUGUUUGGGCAGAUCACUGCUGAGGAGCCUGAGGAUGAUCCACCACCCAGAGCGGAGCGAGGGGCUGCCAGGAUCAGCGAGCAGGACACAGCAGGAGGGGACAAGGCUGGGGCUGUGACGGAAGAGGCGGAAGGCGACGGGCAGAGGGAUGGGGAGGAGGCAGAGUCGGACCAGAUGCCUGUGUCGAGUAACAAGCCACGGAAGAAAAAAAAGAAAAGGAAAACCAAGAAAACUGCAGCAGGGGAGGCUAUGGAAGACAAGGAGCUGGCAGACAUCGACGGCCUGCUGGAGAGGAGUGAGGAUUCCAACGGGCUGUGCCAGCGGAGCCAGGGCGGGAUCAUCUCUGACAGCCGGCCCCUGCUCUACGUAGAGCACAGGAACUUGAACCCAGAGAAUGAGUUGAAGAGAUACUUUGGGGCUCGUGCUGUUCUUGGUGAUCAGAGGCCGAGGCCGCGGCAGCGGCAGCACGUCCGCAGCACCUGGCUGACAGCCCCCAAGAACACGUGGCCACGCUACAGCAAAACAGGUAUCACCAUGCAGCUGGUGGACACCAGGAGGGGAGUGCGGUUCUUCGCCUUCGAGCACCACCGCGAGUACCAGCAAGUGCAGUUCAAGUUUCUGGAUGCCGUAGAGUCCAUGGACCCCAACAACAUCGUGCUCAGCGACGUGUGCCGCAUGCAGGAGGACCAGGAGAUGGCCCGAGAUCUUGUAGAGCGGGCGCUGUACAGCCUGGAGUGCUCCUUCCACCCCGUCUUCAGCCUGACGAGCGGGACCUGCCGGCUGGACUACCGGCGGCCGGAGAACAGGGCUUUCUUCCUGGCUCUCUUCAAGCACCUGAUGUUCCUGGAGAAGAGGGGCUGUCCCCGGACGGCCCUGGAGUUCUGCAAGCUGAUCCUAAGCCUUGAUCCAGAGAACGACCCCCUGUGCAUGCUGCUGCUGAUUGACUUUCUGUCCCUCCGAGCCAGAGAAUACACAUUCCUGACCCGCAUGUUCCAGGAGUGGGAGAAUCACCAGAAUUUGUCCCAGCUGCCCAAUUUUGCCUUCUCGGUGCCGCUGGCCUAUUUCUUCCAGAGCCAGCAGGAAGAAAGUGAGCCAGAGCUGAGCCAAGCCCAGGAGAGAGCCUCCCAGCUCAUCCAGCUGGCCUUGAUCAUGUUCCCAGGCGUUCUGAUGCCAUUGUUGGAUCACUGCAGUGUGCAGCCUGAUGCCAGGGUCAUGUUCCAUCCCUUUUUUGGGCUGAAUGCUCAGAUAAGCCAGUCCCCUGCCUUGAACCAGCUGACAUCCCUCUACGUGGGGAGGACUCACUCCCUGUGGAAGGACCCAGCUGUCAUGGCGUGGCUGGAGACCAACGUCCACGAGGUCUUGCGCAUGGUGGACGCCCAGGACCCGCUGGUGGAGGAGGCCGAGUACAAGAGAAAGACGCGGUACCAGAGUGCACCCAGGAACAUCUACCGGCACGUCAUCCUCUCGGAGAUGAAAGAGGCCACGGCAGCACUGCCUCUGGAGGUGACCUCGCAGCCUGUCAUGGGGUUUGACCCCUUACCUCCCUUGGACUCCAUCGUUUCCUACACCAGACCAGAGAGGACACAGCAGCCACCCAACGAAAGCACUUUAUCCCUCUUCUUCCGCUCGCUCUUGCCAAACUUUAACCUGCAGGGGGACAUCAGGCACGACAGGGAUGAAGAGGCUGGAGCAGGACAGGACCUUAACCAGGGGGUGAACAGGCUCAUGGCAGCCAUGCGGGACAUGCUGGCCAACAUCCAGUUCCAGGAACCCCCCCGAGAUGACAAUCCUGAUGGUGAGGGGGACUGGGACUGAGAGUGUUUGUGUGUCCCCCCAGCCCUCUGUAACCGCCCCCGGACUCGUCUUGCACUCCAAUAAAGUCUCACAA